AUGGGGAGGUUUCAGAGGAACAAUCCGCAAAUCUUUAAGGGAAGGCACGGGCCCGAUGAUGCUCAUAGAUGGCUUAAGGGAAUUGAAAAUAUUUUCCAAGUGGUGAUUUAUUCGGAAGAGCAGAAGGUGCAGUUUGUCAUUUAUAUGUUGGAAGAGGAAGUUGAAGAAUGGUGGAAUAACGCACGCCAGAGGAUGGAGAUUCUGGGUACAGAGAUUACUUGGACUGUAUUUAGAGCUUCUUUUAUGCAGAAGUACUUCCCUGAGUACGUGCACAGAAAGAAAGAAAUUGAAUUCCUUGAGCUAAAGCAAGGGAAUUCAACUGUUGUUGAGUAUGCUGCAAGGUUUGAGGAACUAGUGAAGUAUUGUCUGCAUUAUAACAAUCUGGCAGUUGAAGUGUCCAAGUGCAUCAAGUUUGAGAGUGGACUACGUCUAGAGAUCAAACAGGGUGUCAGGUAUCUUAAGAUUCGCCAGUUUCCUAUACUAGUGAAUAAGUGCAGGAUUUAUGAUCAGGAUACCAGAGUCAAAUCUUCUUUUUAUAAGAGUUAUAAUGAGAAGAAAGGAAAGAACCAAGAUUGUGGUAAGCCGUAUAGUACUCCUAUUGACAAAGGGAAACAUAAAGUUUCUAAAGAGAAAAUUACAAAUGGGGGAUGA